AUGACGACUAAGACCAUCCAUGGGAACUCGCAAUUCCAGAAGCCCUCCUCUCUACGCUGGACGUGGGAGUCACCCGGUGGAGGGCGCCGUAAUGAAAUAGACCACAUCAUCGUCAGUAAAAGCUUCUGCCUGACGGAAGUAGCUGUUGUAAGAACGUUCUAUACGGGAUCGAACCAUCGCCUCUUCCGAGGAAGAUUUUCCUUCACAAGGAGAGCAGAGAAAGCCGCCAAGUUCAGAGAGCGAAAUCCCAGGACUACCAUUAACUGGGAUCUCUUCGCUACGCUAGCCGGCUUUUGGGAAGACUCCGCAAUGGACAACAUCGACGAGGAAUAUGACCGGCUCGUUGAACACCUUAACGACUGCGCGAAGAAGCCUGAGAGUUUCAAAACCACCAAGAGCCGCGUCUCUCUUGAAACUUUUGAGCUGAUACGCCAGGGUGGAGCAGCACGAGCCCCAGGGAGCAAAGAACUCAAGCUCGCAAGGCUUUGCAGAGAGGCGAUAAACGAAGACUUCGAAGAGAGAAGAGCAGAAGUGUAUCCUGAAGCUGCAGAGGCCGGAAAGAGCAUUCGCUCUCUCCGUCGAGAUUUCGCCAGUCGCAAGACGAGGAUUACUGCUCUCCGAAACUCGAAGGGAACAACCAUUGCAUCGAGAAGGGGGAUGGAGAAAAUUAUCUACGACUUCUACUCUGAUCUCUUCGACAGCCAUGCCAGCCUUAAGGGAAUCUUGUGA